UGAAAAACAAAACAAUAUAGAGGGGGGAACAAGAAAAAGGUAGAAACCCCCCUUUCCUUCCUCUUCGAUCCCGACGACGCCGAGCGGGGGGCGGCGAUGGAAUACUCAGGCGGCGGCGCGACGCUGUCGGAGAUGUACCAGAGCGCGCGGCGGCUGCUACUCUCGGCGCGCGACGGCGUGGCCCGCGUCGAGCGCCUCGCCUCGGCGCCCACUUCGUCCUCCUACUCCUCGGCGCCGCUCGUCGGUGGCGGCGCUGCGGGGGACCCCGCGGUCGCUGAGGAGGUGCGGCGAGAGGUGGCGCAGAUCCAGGGGCUGUGCGCGCAGAUGGACCGGCUCUGGCGAUCCAUCCCCGCCAAGGGCCAGCGGGACCUCUGGAAGAGAAAAGUGGAGCAGCUGUCUGAAGAGGUUGAUUCAUUGAAGGAAACCCUUGACAAGCAUUCUUUGCGUCAGAAAAAACGAAUUCUGGAAGCAAAAGAAAGGGCUGAGCUAUUUGAGAGAGCUAAUGGUGAAUCUUCACAUGUCCUCCGAAUAUUUGACGACGAAGCCCAAGCGAAGCAAUCAGCUCGUAACUCCUCAAGAAUGCUUGAAGAAGCUUAUGAGACAGGAGUGGCUAUCCUUCACAAGUACGCUGACCAGAGGGAUCGACUGAAGAGUGCUCAAAGGAAAGCUUUGGAUGUCCUGAACACUGUUGGUCUAUCGAACUCUGUUUUGAAGCUAAUCGAGAGGCGGCACCGUGUGGACAAGUGGAUCGCGUAUGCUGGUAUGAUCAUCACCGUAGUGGUGAUGAUUGCGUUUUGGCGGUUAACGCAUUAGUGCUUGGGCUGUGUUUGUUGCAUAUUUCUAUCCGAGAUAUGAUAUGUACAAUGUGCAAAUGUGGGAAACAGGGUAGAUUCAGAUGGUGCAAAAUUUUUCGCUGGCAGUUAUGUUUGCCUCGCCGGUCCUUCGCACGCAUGGUUGAUGGCGUCAUAUGUAAAAGCAGUUCCUUCACGGCAUAGUUACAAAUCCAAUGCCGGCCCCCCAACUGGGUUAAAUAUUCAAAUUCCUUUGUAUGCAUGCCGCUGUGUAGUCUAUUGUUACGACUUUCAUGUAAGUACAGAAGCUUUUGCGGGAUACACAAGAGAAAUGGCGCUGUAUUAUUUCAGUACGAAAUAUUGUAUUCGUAGCU